AUGUCGAGUCGACUACAUUGCCCGCUUUUGCGCGGUGCGAAUCCCCUAGAUCUCCUUGCAAGCCUCCUCCGCGUAGCGCUGCCUCUACUAGCUUUCUCUACCGUCCCCGUGGCGUUGGCUGUCCAAAUUCCGUUCGAUAACUGCCUGAGCGACAACUAUAUAUGGACUAAAGUCCCAGACGACAAAGUCCAGCUUCAGUUCGUACCGUUGGCCGCAGAGGCUGUCUUCGAGCCUGAAGGCGAGAAUCACAACUUGCUAGUUACCGUAUGGGGAAAUGUGACUGGAAGAGUGGGAGAUGCUGUUCUGCCACCGCGAGGAGACCCUGAAUGGGACGAUCCGAAUGCCGCUCUCGGCGGCAAGAUACAGCAUACCAUUGAGCAUGGCUUAAUAAAUUAUAACGCCACUACGCUUCACUCCACCGUUGACGUCCUAACCUACCGUCCGUAUACGCACGAUUCAUAUUUCUGCCAAAGUCUCCUAAAUGGUUCGCAAUGUCCUCUUGGUCCAGUCUUCAAUAGCACCCCAGUAAAUCUUACUACAGACCUUGACAUGCUACAUGCAUUCAACCUAUCCAAAGACUUCGACUCGUCAUACGCGUUCGCUUCCUUUGCGCCCACUAUCAUAAUUCGAUAUGGCGACCAGUAUGCUACUACAGUUGCCUGUGUGUCCGCAACGGUGACGCCAACUUUAGGAAACAUUGCUUCGUUUUUGAAGUUUUUACCUUUAAUAGUUCUAAUAAUCGUUGGUGUUGCCAAGGUAUUUGCAGCAAUAUUCAGCCCUUGGGGUACAAGUGAUGUUUUCCACUGGACAUCGAACUAUGGCAGAGAUCCGGAUCUUCUUCGACUAGUUACUCCUGGCUUCGGCGAUUGUCUCAAUUACAUUCAGUUUAUCGUUCUGACAGGAAGUCUCUCCCUAGACUAUCCCGGCUUCUACCAACCAGCGGUUAGCCAGGCGUCAUGGUCUAUUUUAAUGUUCAAUGAGAGUUUUGUGUCCAAAGCGGCACCGUGGUCGAGUGUUGUUGAUGGCAUCUACGUUACCUCAGGUGCGUAUGGCCUGGAACGCACCGCACAACUUGAUGGCCUAGGAGAAAUUGAAGAUAUAUGGGCUGGCUCUAUAGUAUGGCUACUGGUCAUCAUUGCAGCAGUCCUAUUUCUGACCCAAGUUGGCUUCCUGGGUCGAUGGCUUUGGCGUCUUAUGAAUCAUGAUUCUCAGGAAGACCUCCGGUCAAAAAAUAUUCCGUUUUCACUUGGCAACGUCAUUCGAAUAGUUUUUAGUUACUUCCUCCUCCCUAUUGUUUCUCUCUCGGCAUUUCAGCUUGUUGUCGCAACGCGUACCCCAGGGUACCUCGUGGCUCUGGCUGUGGUAACCUUGGCACUGAUUUUUGGCUUUGCUGGUUGGGUAACGCGUCUAAUUGCCACUACAAAACCACGAGCACAUCUAUUUGACGAUCUACCCACCGUCCUUCUUUACGGUCCUCUGUAUAAUACUUACUCGGACGAGGCGUCAGGUUUUGCUCUGAUUCCGAUCAUUCUCACUAUAUUACGCGGCAUCGCCAUCGGCGCUGUUCAGCCCUCUGGAACGGCUCAAAUUGUCAUCCUCGCCGUAUGCGAGGUUGUCCAAAUUCUGACAUUGCAAGCCUUCCGCCCUUUUCAUAAAUCAACUUCAAUGAACGCCUACCAUAUAGGUUUUUCGGCGCUUCGCUUUGUUUCCAUUAUCCUAAUGGUUUCUUUCACUUCCUCGCUGGGACUCACUGAAGGGCCAAAGGGAUGGAUUGGCUACGCAAUUCUCGUAAUUCAUGGUGCCGUACUUCUUUUUGGCUUCUUUUUGAAUGCCCUACAGACGAUUGUUGAAGUUAUUGCUCGCCUUUGCGGUGCUGGAGGCGAUGACAUCCGUGGGCAGACUAGAGGUGGACUGUCCAAGAUUUUUGGUGCUCGUCAAUUAUCGAGGCGCGUGGAUCGAACAGCUGGCCCGUCAAGGUUAAGUCAACUUAGUAGCACUGCUAUGCUAGACGCCGCCGAAAAUGCGUCGAAGAGAGGAUAUGGUCGGGUGAGAAGUGAGUCUGCAGGUAGCAUGGGUAUCAUGAUGAGCCCAAGGAGAAAUUCUAGCGCAAUGGACACAUAUAGCGUGGACGCUUAUUCCAACCUCAUGGGAAGCAGCACUUUCGCGGCAACAACACCUAGAGAAGCUAGUACUUUCUCUUUCCUGCCGUCGCCUGGCCAAGCGACUCGCCCACAGCCCAGUGCAGAUCCGUAUUACCGUCCACCGCGUGCUCGUCGUGGAAACAUGGACGAAGCAGGCUCAUCAUCACUGCACCAGGCCCGAGGUUCGCUUGGCAGUAUUGAUCUUGCAAAUCAACGCUUGAGUCAAAUCGGUGGGGAAACCGAGGGUGACAUACCUACUGCUACUCCUGGAUUCGCACCUUUUGCGCCAAUUUUUGCGCCCCGCACAGAUUACUCGACUAGAGAAGUUGAUUUCUAUUAUGGCGUUCGAGGUCCAGCUCUUAACUCAGACGGCCCAGGACGCAAGCUAGGUACUGGUCCAGCGGACCCCACGAGCCCAGUUGCGACCGCGACGGGCUGGCUUAUGCGAUUAUUUGGAGGCAAAACGAAGGAAAAGGGGAAAGGAUUCGAAGUUGUCCGAAGCUCGAGAAUGCCAUCUGCAAUGAAGGCGAGAGGCGGUGAUUUUAGUGACGAUCCGCCACCCGAAGGGAUACCCGUUGCACUUGGUGUAUUGCGGAAGGGGCCCAUCGAUAGCGAUGAUGAGGAAGAGAUGCCCAGACCGAAGAAAACUAAUCAUGCCCGGGCCGAUAGUGCUGGUGGCAAGCUGUUGAAUGACGUUAGUGAGCCCGAAUCGGACGAAGAAUUGGAGACAGGGAUAUCGAAGUUACCAAAAGAUCCUCCUUUACUACCAGACUUGGAUGCUGGGGAAGAUUUUAAGGUUCCGAGUCGCAUACAAUCCAAAGCUAGCAGGCAUCCAUCUCAAAGGGUCACCAGAUCCUUACCGGGCAAAGACCCGGAUAAUCUAGAGGUUCCUGAAGUGCCAAGGAAGAGUUCGAAACGAAACUCUACAACUGAACAAAUACUGAAAAAUUUGGGAAGCGAGCAGUCGGCUAGCACCAAAGAACCAGAGUCGCAUCUAACGGCAAGGUUGCCAUUUGAUCGGAGCAAUUCACAAGAGCGUCUUUCGACCGAAGACCUCAGCCAUUCUACAUCAGUCGAGUCCAGUCUUGGAGGCGUAGAUGAACGUCCCGCUAACUUUGGCCACGUUCACCAACGUAAUAUUAGCAAAACCGAGCCGGGUCAGGGUGUUGAUCACUUGGCAAGUACAGCCGAACUUGUCAAUGAUCCUACGAAGCCAAGCCCCAGCCCCUCGAGAUCCAGACGGUCUUGA